CGUGACGUCACGACACUUUCACACGGUCCGGAGUCACAUGAAACGUUUUACAGCAAAUCUUAGAGCACCGUUUUCUCUCUUGAUGCAGUGAAAAGUAUCUCUCUUAGUCUUGAAACGGCUCUAUAAUCUGCAGGAAGUUUAGAAUCCAACAUGGACGAGGACGGACUUCCGAUUGUUGGGUCUGGUGUCGAUCUCAGUAAGGUCCCUGCUAUUCAACAGAGAAGAGUUGUUGCUUAUCUCAAUCAGUUUGUCGUGCACACGGUCCGGUUUCUUAACCGUUUCUCCACAGUUUGUGAAGAGAAACUUGCAAACAUAUCUCUUCGCAUACAGCAGAUUGAAACAACCCUGUGCAUUUUAGAAGCCAAACUGUCCUCGAUUCCCGGACUGGAGGACGUCACAAUAGAAGGACUCAGUCAGCGGCAACCUGCCCAGGCCAAUGGACCCUCUACUGCCAGUCUGAGUCAAACAGGAGGUCCACCUGCAGGCAUUCUUCCACCCCCACAGACUGCUCAGACUGCGCCAGAGCCUGUAACGACACCUCAAGUAGAAGCAGCUGCAGAAAAUGUCAUGACAGUGGCUAAGGACCCACGUUAUGCCAGAUACCUGAAAAUGGUUCAAGUGGGAGUUCCAGUUAUGGCUAUAAAGAAUAAAAUGGUCCUGGAGGGUUUGGAUUCUAACUUGCUUGACACACCAGAUGCCCCCGUGCCGGAUGAAGGAGCAAGGAGCACAGAGGAUCAAGAUGUUUCUGCCACCAGCUCUGACAGCGAAUCAUCUUUCAGCGACUGACCUCUGACCUGUGCCCAUCACCCAUAACGCUUCCUGUACAGGCUAACCCUCGUUGCUCUGAGAUCCUGUAGGCCUGCCUGCACUGAAAGAGAAAUGUAUGUCACAGUGUGCCUGUGAAGGAGUAGCAACGAGACGUUGCAGAAUAGGUGCCUGAUCCAGGAAACCAGAGAGAUUGUAAUUUCAGUUUAAAAGCACUGAAAUAGUUUCCUUGAGGUAUGUCAGUGACCUCCUUUAUUGUGAUGCAUUCAAUAAUAGGAAUCGUUUUCCCUGUUGAAAAUGUUAGCAGUAGACCUCAGAAUAUUGCAGUAGCAAGUAAUUUUUGUACAAAAAGUAAUUAUAUAUUGUUAAUGUGAACAUGUUUUUUUGGUCACUACUUUUACAGACUAAUGCCUCUUAAGAGAUACAACCAUCUGUUGAAAGGUAUUAAAAAUGUUGCUUAGAUACUUCAAAACUCAGAUGGUAAGUCUGUGUGUUCAGGCAAGGUAGGAAAAUAUAUAAGAAAUAUUUCAGAACAAUAAACCUGUUUAAAUGCAAAGAAAAUCUCAUGCUGAAAGACUGUAAAAGCAGCCAUCAUUCUGGAGUAGUUCGAUAAAAUUGUUCAUUGAAAAUUUGAGUUUGUUGACCUUCACAGAGUCUUCAUACCACUUGUUUGUUUAAUUUCUGAACUGCAGAAACUGUGAUUUUGUUAUGUUGACUAUGACUCUAAAUCAAUGUUUUAUCACAGAAUAUUGUAAACAGGUUGCAGUUCAGGACUGUCAUUAUUUUCCAUUGUUUCAUAUUUUUAACCACUACAGAGGAAGUAGAUAUUCUCUUUUUACGGAUGGAGGAACAAAAACAAACGCUAUAUAUUGAUAAUUUCAGGCUAAUUUACAGCAACUCGGAACAAAAUUCCAAAUAACAUUACAUUUUUUUCUGGUCAUUAAUUAUCAUUCAGAUAUGUCCAAGCAAAAUCAUGUUAUGAGUUGCAGACUUAUUUAAAUCAAAAAAUAAAUCUGCAUACUUUCUGAAGCUGCCUUAUGUGUCAUAUAUCACCCAUGAAAGACAAUAAAUGAUGAAUACUAA